AUGUUCUUUUACAUGAGUAAAAGAAUAAAAAGCAUGACACCAAGUUCUUUGUCCCCGCAUUACGCGGCUCAAUCUCCUUCAGGACGUAAACCUGACUUGGUAGCGAAGGAGGUGCUGGAAUGGUGGCAAACCAACGGAAAGCACCCGUUCAUCCAGCCCCACAUCUCGUCACCGAGUAAUGUGGGUGCGAACUCGCCAGAGAACUUACCACUAGGUGAUAAGGUCCAGCUCAUUCGACUACCAGUAGCUUCACCGUCAGCCGUUAAAGAGUUCAGUCAGGUUAGCAGUGAAGAGCCAGCACAUCUCACCACAGUUGCUAUUUUCAAUUGGAAAAGAAAUGAGAUACUAGAGACCCUGCUAAGGGUUUGA